AUGACAAACUAUUGUAUCGUUGACGGUAACCCUUGUACCUCAUCCUCAAGAUUCUGUUGCCGUGAGUGUAAGAAAUACUACACUUACAUUUCAUCCAAGAACGUCUCCAUGUCUGUGUCUCACAGCUUACAACAACAACAGCCCAUCACCGCCAGUCAAGAUGACUUGGUCGAUGAUCUAGAAUUUGAAGAAGAAACUUACCAACAACAAGAAGACUUUAGCGCUAACAACUACCUAUCCAAUGAACCAGAAUACACAUACACCAGCGACCAGACCAGAUCGAUGUCUAAUGCCUCAAUAUUCUCGGAUGGUUACUCAUCUAUGUCGGUGUCUCCGGAUGCUAGCCCUCUCUUGACUCCAAGCAGUGUCAAGAACCACGACAUUUCUCAAAUCAAGUUCAACUCUUUGUUUGAUUCAUAUAACAUUAACGCCCCUAAGAAAACCUCGAAUCAAUACCAGCACAAUAUCACUUGUUUUGACGCCUUGACAUCGUCGCCGGCUGUUGUGAGCAACCAUAAUAAUCACAAGGGAAAGAAGAGUGGGUUGACUAAUUUGAUUAGCAUUCCUCAAAACAGCUACCAAAUUUGGGUCAAUAGCCAAAACAAAUACUGA